AUGGCAGGCUGUCCCAGCGACAGUGACCAGUUCUUUGGCCCCCGUGUCCCUUCUAGCUGCCGAAGCCUGGAUUUCACGCUGUUCUUUGAAGAUGUCUUCCUGGGGUGCUUGCCAGCUGCCCUCUUCAUCUUUCUUUCGCCUUCAUCUGUAUUCAUGCUGGUCCGAAGACCGCCCUUGAAGCCCUCAUGCAGGUCUCCAUCAUUCAUUGCUCAGUCAGCUGCGUUGCUUGCCAACACCACCGCACUUUUGGUGAUGCUCGUGCUUCGCAUCCAGAUCUCAGCAUUCAGAACCCGGGCCUCUCUAGCAGCAGACAUUCUAUCUCUCGUUGCCACCGGCAUCGUCCAGGUCUUCUUGUUCUGGGACCAUCGACGAUCGCUCCGUCCAUCAACCGCCCCGAGCCUGUACCUGACCGCCUCGAUUCUUUCUGGGGUCGUCAGAACCCGGACGCUAUGGCUCAUCAGCCCCCCAGUCCCGGUUCCUGUGGCCUCAACAGUGGCUCUAGGGUCCUCUUCGGUGGCGCUGCUUCUACAAUCACGGAAGAAACACAUCCCGCCUUCGACCGACAAUCAACCUUUUGCGCCUGAGCAGCUCAGUGGAAUCUGGAGCCGGACGAUAUUCGCUUGGAUCGUCCCCCUCCUUCGCACGGGGCAUUCCAAAAUCAUAUCACUUCAUGAUCUCCCUUCGCUUGAUCAAAAGCUCAGGAGCAUUCGACUGGCAGACGAAUUGAGCUCAACAUGGGCGAGAUAUGAUCAGAAGCGUCGAUACAGUCUCUUCUAUGCUUGCAUUCACGCCUACGUCUUCUCUUUCCUGAGCCCGAUAGUUCCGCGUCUCUGCCUCGCCGCAUUCACCUUCUCUCAACCAUUCCUCAUAGCAACCACAGUCAAGUUUGUCGAUCAACAGAACCUGGAUUCCCACAGUGGCAAGGGCAUCAUAGCUGGCUGGGCCCUAGUGUACCUAGGGAUAGCCGUCUGUAAAUCGAUCUACUGGUAUCAGAACGUCCGUUUCACCACUCGACUUCGAGGUGGACUAAGCGCCUUGGUUUAUCGACAAAGUCUGCACAUGAGGUCCUUCGAGUCAGGCGAGCACACUGCAAUGGCCUUGAUGAGCACCGACGUGGAGCGUCUGGCGAAUGGAAUGCUAUCCUUCCAUGAAGUGUGGACCUCACUGGUCAGCAUCGCGGUCGCAUCCUGGCUACUGGGGCUUCAAUUGUCAAUUGCCUGUCUCAUGCCUGUUCUCCUCGUAACGGCGUUUGUGGCCAUCACGUCCAAGGUCUCCAUCUUGACGAAGGACGCGCAGGUUGCAUGGAUCAAGCAGGUUCAAGAGCGUCUCCGAGUCACGGGCGCAACUCUGAAUGUUGUGAAAACAGUCAAGAUGGCUGGACUAGACGGCGUGGUGUCUGAAGCAAUCCAGAGGCUGCGUGUCCGCGAGAUCCAGAGUUCUGCAGUGUACCGAAAGCUCCUAACGGUAACUGUGUUCCUCUCUCUCGCGCCGAUGAACCUUGCACCUGUUCUUACCUUCUCCAUGUACACCGUUAUAGCUGUGUUUUGGAAAAACGAAACCUUGCUAACGGUGCAAGCGUUUACGUCGGUGUCCCUUAUCGCUCUUUUGACAUCGCCGGUCGUGAUCUUCAUUCAGUCACUACCAAAUUUUGUCCAGUGCCUUGGACUGUUUGAACGCAUCCAAGAAUUCUGCAGUGGCGACUUGGGUGUGCAUGACGGGAACAGGUGCUCACAGGUAGCAGAUUACGUUGGAGUGUCAGAAAAGUCAGUAGACGUCGGUCCUGAGCCGGAUCAGGGCAGGAAGUCCAUCGAACUCAGCCGUGUGAGCUUUUGCUGGAGUAAAGAUCGGCCCCCUGUGCUCAAGAGCCUAGACGCCACCAUCCACCGUGGGAACAUCACAGUAAUUGCAGGUCCUGUUGGGGCUGGGAAGUCGGCACUUUUGAAAAGUCUCCUCGGCGAGUUGAUACCGGUCUCUGCGAGCCCGGAGAGUACCUCAAAGCAGUAUGAGAUCUUGUCCGAAGGGGCUGCCUACUGCGCGCAGCAACCAUGGCUUGAAAACGGGACCAUUUUUCAGAACAUAAUCGGCCAGUCUGUCUACGACCAGCGGUGGUAUUCUUCUGUCAAGGCCGCGUGUGCGCUGGACGUGGAUAUUGAAAGCCUACAGCAUGCUGACCAGACUCGCAUCGGAAGUGAGGGAGUCAGCUUGAGCGGAGGACAGAAGCAACGCGUCGCUCUGGCUCGCGCAGUGUAUUCGAGGCGCAAAACCAUCCUUCUCGAUGACGUGUUCAGCAGCAUGGACAUGCGCACCGCCAACAUCGUGUCCAACCGUCUGUUUGGAAAGCAUGGGCUGCUUCGGAAGCCCCAUAUCACCGUGAUCAUCGCUACCUAUACUGGGAAUAUAAUGGCGUUUGCCGACGCCAUCGUGAUAUUGGAAGACGGGAGGAUUACCGAGGUCGGCACUCCUUCCAGCCUCCUCGGAAAGUCGAGCUAUGUUCACAAGCUGGGAAGGAAGUCUGUCCAAGACAGUGAAACUGUCGAAGAAGUGCCUCCGUCCGAACUGUUGCCACCAGACGAGUUCUCACACCGCCUGCAAGAGGCCUCGGAAGAGGCAGUAGAUACAGAGCACGACCUGAGACGCAAGAAUGGGGACCUCAGCGUGUACCAAUACUACUUCCAGAGUGCAGGUGCGGGCGUCGUAGCCUUGUACCUGACCUUCGUGACGCUGUUGGAGUUUUGCACCAACUUCUCUGUGGUCCUUCUCAAAUGGUGGUCCGAGGCCAACGAAAAGCAACCAAAUCAUGACGUUGGGCUGUGGAUGGGCCUAUACGCCAUGCUCGCCAUGCUCGGGACCUUGGGCAUUUUCGUAUCGGCAUGGGUCGCCUUUGUUUUCGUCAUAUCCAAUACGGCUAUUCGCUUUCAUACCGACCUGCUUGAAACGACUUUCCGAUCCUCUUUUCGAGUGCUCGCCGCCACUGAUCAUGGACAGCUGCUGAACAGAUUCAGCCACGACAUGGAGCUCAUUGACAUGGAGCUGCCCAUCGUCUUGGUGAAUUACACCUCCACUGCGGUGUCCUGUUUCAUUAGUCUGAUAAUCCUCGCCAUCUUUUCGAAAUACCUCGGAGUCAGCCUACCAUUGCUGGCGGUAUUGGUGUAUUUCUUGCAACGCUUCUAUCUCCAAACCUCGCGCCAAAUGCGGCUACUCAGCAUUGAAGCGCGAGCACCCCUAUACACGCAUUUCACCGAGUCUGUUGCCGGCGCCGUGACGAUCCGUGCUUUUGGAUGGCAAUCGCAAUACGAGAAGAAGUGCUGUCACCACAUCGACGUUGCACAAGCCCCUGCCUAUCUGCAGAGCUGUAUCCAGCACUGGCUGAAUUUUGUGCUGGAUGUUCUGGUGACUGUCCUCGCCGUCGUUCUUGUCGCAACCGUGGUUACAUGGCAUGACAAAUUCAGUUCGGGGAGCGUAGGCGUUGGGUUGAUCAUGGUCACCGGCUUCAAUGAGAUCCUUGCCCGCCUGAUCCAGAAUUUGACGAAGGCGGAGUCCAGCGUGGGCGCCGUUGCACGCGUGAUGCGUUUUGUAAGAGAGACGGAACCCGAAGAUCCAAGAGAUCAACUAGGCAGCACGCCGCCCGAUUGGCCUUCCAAUGGGGCAGUCGAAUUUGUGAGCAUUGUUGCUUCUUAUCAAGGGGUUUCUAGAAACGCCGAACAAGCAGUGCUGCGCAACAUUUCACUUGAGAUUCGGCCCGGCCAGCAUAUCGCCAUUUGUGGACGGACCGGGAGCGGUAAGACGUCUCUGGCGUCUUGCCUCGUGCAGAUGAUGGUGGUCCAUGAAGGUCACAUCAUAGUGGAUGGAGUCGAUGUGUCGAAACUUUCGCCUCAGGACCUCCGGUCCCGCCUGAACGUCGUGCCGCAGGAUCUUCUCCUUCUACCAGGCAGCCUUCGGACUAAUAUCGACCCAUUUCAGGUUGCCUCGGACGACACAAUCGUCGCGUCUCUGAUGCGAGUUGGGUUGUGGGACAUGGUCCGAGAGCAGGGGGGGCUGGAUGUUGCGAUCGAUGUGGCCGCUUGGUCCAUGGGUCAAAGACAACUGCUUUGCCUCUGCAGAGCCAUGGUGAGGCAAAGCAAAGUAUUGAUCCUCGAUGAGAUCACAAGCAGCGUCGACAGCGAGACUGAAUCCAAGAUACAAGACAUUAUCGACAACGAGUUCCGGGCCUGCACUGUAUUGGCAGUCAUGCACCGGCUUGAUCAUAUUUUGCGGUACGACAUGGUUGCGCUCCUGGAGGAUGGAAGACUACUCGAGUACGACCAACCGGGAGUCUUGCUCGCACAAGAAUCCAAGUUUGCUCAGCUCUACCAGAAGGUGUAA